CUAAGCUCCACACACCACAGACCACAGUCAACCUGCAGAUGAACAGCAGCCCCUCUCUGCACAGCUUCACAAACCAUUCACAGGAGGGAAAGAUGAAGCUGUUGGUCUGGCUCAGUGUUCUCCUCUGCCUCUUUGCCUGUCAACUCUGUGAAGCCAGAGUCAUCCCUGAAGGAGUGCCAUAUGAUGAACCACCAGCUGUUCCCUACUGGCCCUACUCCACCUCUGACUUCUGGAACUACGUUGAAUACUUCCGAUCCAUCGGCGCCUACAACCACAUCAACGAGAUGGCCCGGGCCUUCUUCGCCCACCAGCACCUCGGAGACACCCUGGGCUAUGAGACCAAUGAGGGACAUGAACAAUGAAAGGGAGCCAGGAGGAGGAGGAGAUGUUGAGAUAUCCUGAGGAAAUGAUUAUGAUGAAAUAAGAAAAAUAAUAGAGUAAUAAUGGCCUAAUAGAUUUUUUUUCUCUUCCCAAGUAUAUCAGUUUUUAGCAUAGCCGUACAUAUAGAAUGCAAAUGUAGAGUUUGUAGCCCUUUGUAGAGUUGUAUACUAUCUUAAUAUAAUGUGCCACAAAUAAAUAAACAUUUUCCAAAUAUUUAA